AUGCAUCCACAUCAUCGCUCCGGAAGCUCCUCAACAUCCGCCUCCUCCUCCUCCUCCUCAUCGGCCAUGAUGAUGGGCGUGGCUCAACCCCACCCUCAGCAGCCCUCCUCGUCGAGCUCCAUUCCGGCCUUGCCCAUUCAGUACAUGAACAACGCUCCGUACAUCGAGUCCUACGACUUCCCUUAUUGUGCUGAGGUGUCCAAGUACGAGCGAUUGGCCAAGAUCGGUCAAGGCACCUUUGGUGAAGUGUUCAAGGCCCGAGAUAAGAAGAACAAGAACAAGAUCGUGGCCUUGAAGAAAGUGCUCAUGGACAACGAGAAGGAGGGCUUCCCCAUCACCGCUCUCAGAGAGGUCAAGAUCCUCCAGCUCCUCACGCAUGACAACAUCGUGAACCUCAUCGAAAUCUGUCGGAGCAAGGCCACCCAUUUCAAUCGACACAAGUCCACUUUCUUUCUAGUCUUUGACUUCUGCGAGCACGAUCUCGCCGGGUUGUUGUCCAAUUUCAACGUCAAGUUCUCCCUCGGCGAGAUCAAGAAGGUCAUGCAGCAGCUCCUCAACGGUCUUUACUACAUCCACAGUAACAAGAUCAUCCACCGGGAUAUGAAGGCCGCCAACGUGCUCAUCACCAAGCUCGGCGUGUUGAAGCUGGCUGAUUUCGGCCUGGCUCGCGCCAUCAGCAUCAACAAGAACGGUCAGCCCAAUCGGUACACGAACCGUGUGGUCACGCUCUGGUACCGUCCGCCGGAGCUGCUCUUGGGGGAGCGAAACUACGGCUCGCCCGUGGAUCUCUGGGGCGCGGGCUGCAUCAUGGCCGAGAUGUGGACCCGCUCGCCCAUCAUGCAGGGCAACACGGAGCAGCAUCAACUGACCCUGAUCGCCCAAUUGUGCGGGGCUAUCACGCCGGAGGUGUGGCCGGGGGUUGAGUACCUGGAGUUGUACAACAAGUUGGAGAUGCCCAAGAACCAGAAGCGUCGGGUUCGCGAACGCCUCCGUCCUUAUGUGAAGGAUCAAGCGGCUGUGGAUCUGUUGGACAAGCUCUUGUGUCUUUGUCCUCGAGAGCGCUUGGACUCGAAUGCUGCCUUGGACCACGACUUCUUCUGGACGGACCCGAUGCCCGAGGAUCUGGGCAAGAUGUUGAGCCAGCAUACCCAAUCCAUGUUCGAGUUCCUCGCUCCGCGGAGGUUAAGCGGGGCUCAACAUCGCCAGCCCGCUCUGCCCGGUGCCACGGCCAGCGGCAACCUGGGCGUGUCAGCCUCAUCUACCUCAGUGUCGGCGUCCUCUGGAAGUGGGCGCUCACUUCACGGAGGAGCUUCCAUGUCGGCGUCCUCGUCCAGCUCUUCUGGCACUGGCUCGGGUUCCGGGCACCAUCAUCAUCACCAUAACCACCCUCUUCCGAUCUACCACCACCACCAGAACAACCAUCACCACUCUCAUCAUCAUCAGCAGCAGCAUAACAAUAGUCACCAUAAUCGAGGGGGACGUUCCCAUGGGCACCCGCCGGCAGCUAACACGGCUUCGUCCGACUCGAGUGGAUACUUUGAGCGACUAUUAAGGUCUGUCUGCCUGCCAAUCAGAAAGGCAGCCUCGACCCUCUUCCAAAGUACAACCGAAAUGUCAAUUCUUCUUGUUUAUUGCAGUGAAAUCUUGACCAUGGCCUCACAUCAUCCCCACCAUUCGGGAAUGUCGAGUAUUCCAGGUGGAGGAGGAGGAGGAGGCAAUGUCCCCAUGAUGUCACAACAACAACAACAGCAACAGCAACAACACGCUCAACAACAACAACAACAACACUCAAGUGGCUCCCAUCCACACUCUCACCAAUCCCGACCUCAAGCGCAUCACCAACAACACCACCAUCAUCACCAUCACCAGCAAGCCUCGAAUCCGCAUCACCAACGUGAUUCGUCCUCGGGAGGGGGUGGAUCAUCGGGUUCGUCCAAUAAUAUGGGUCUGGUGAAGAGCAUGGACCCUCAAGAGCGAGACAAGUACUUGGAGAAGUACGAGUUCCCCUAUUGCGCCAAGGUGGAUAAGUACGAGAAGAUGACCAAGAUCGGUCAAGGUACGUUCGGUGAAGUGUUCAAGGCGCGAUUGCGCACAGACAAAGACAAGAUUGUGGCGUUGAAGAAAGUGCUCAUGGAGAACGAGAAGGAGGGCUUCCCGAUCACGGCUCUGCGCGAGAUCCGCAUCCUCCAGGUACUCAACCAUGAGAACAUCGUGAAUCUGAUCGAGAUCUGCCGCCAGUACAGUCGACACAACAAGACCACGUUCUACUUGGUGUUCGAUUUCUGCGAGCACGAUUUGGCCGGACUUCUGUCCAAUGUGACGGUGCAAUUCUCCAAGGGCGAGAUCAAGAAAGUGAUGCAACAAAUGUUCGAGGGACUCUACUACAUCCACAGCAACAAGAUCAUCCACCGUGAUAUGAAGGCAGCCAACAUUCUGAUCACUCGGAAGGGCAUCCUCAAGCUGGCCGAUUUCGGCCUGGCUCGCGCCAUCAGCAUCAACAAGAACGGUCAGCCCAAUCGGUACACGAACCGUGUGGUCACGCUCUGGUAUCGCCCGCCGGAGCUGCUCUUGGGUGAGCGGAACUACGGCUCCUCCGUGGACCUGUGGGGUGCGGGCUGCAUCAUGGCCGAGAUGUGGACCCGCUCGCCCAUCAUGCAGGGCAACACGGAGCAGCACCAAUUGACACUGAUUGCCCAACUGUGCGGGGCCAUCACGACGGAGGUGUGGCCGGGGGUGGACUCCCUGGAGCUCUACAAACGGAUGGAGCUGCCCCAAGGCUCGAAACGCCGGGUCAAGGAGCGACUUAAACCGUAUGUAAAGGACCCGUAUGCCUGUGACCUGAUCGACAAGCUCUUGUCACUGGAUCCGAACAAGCGAAUCAACUCGGAUAACGCCCUCAAUCACGACUUCUUUUGGACUGAUCCCAUGCCAUGUAGCUUGGAGCGGACUCUGUCCAGCCACGUGUCCUCAAUGUUCGAGUAUCUGGCUCCUCGUCGAGGAGGAGCUCACAUGCAACACCAACAACAGCAGCAGCAACAACAGCAGCAAGCCGCACGUCAACACACCGCCAACGAGGGCUACAAGGAUAUAGUGUACUAAGAUAUGUGAUAAAACCACCACAACCACCAGAACAACAACUACUGCGACUACAAGAAAGAGAGCAAGAAACCAGAAGAGGAGAUGUAUAUUUUUGCUGUCCAAUGUUGCAAAAGUAGACCGUGCCCUUCAAAGUAGUACUAUUCUUAGUACCACUUCUCUUACUACUACUACAUCCUACGUCUACUUGAGUAAAACCAACCAUUCAUACUUUUUCAUACAUACAUUCUUGCCUAGGCUUAUCUUAUUAAACGCAUCUGCAUCUACGUACGUACGUAUUCCUCCUCCUACUCUCCUACUCCUCCCACCCACCACCAUUUCCCCGAGCCCGUUAAAAAUGUUAGUAUUGUACCGGCUUUCAGCCCAAAACGACUUCGGAAUAUAAAUUGCUACAAGUUGUUUCUCGA